CCAUCUAUUUAUGCAAAAUGUCAGGUUGAGGUUCCAUCUUUAGCAGAAGAAGAUGAAUGGACAAUUGGUUGGGUGCAAGCGAUGACAGCAUUUCUAGCUGAUAAUACUUACGGCCAAUCUGGUGUUUCUAGUCGUGAAGUGCCAAUGCUUCGCAGUGGUCAAGUGAAUGCCAUCAAUAUUUGCAGUAAUAAAGGCGAGCAACCUUGGUUUACUAAAAAUGGCAAUAAAAAACUAGUUUGUGGUCCAACAUCGAGUAGUACGCUCCUUGAAAUUAAAUUCUCUGAUCAGUUCAUCAUCGACGUCCCUUGGGAUCUGCCCCAUUACUGCAAAGAAGCAGCAAUGGAUGAUAAUGCUAUUGAUGAGGUCCUUUCAGAACCCUAUCUUAGCGGCAUUUAUCAUAACCAAUCAUUUAUUGUAUGGUUAGCUGCUCGCAAUCAACAAUCGAGCCAGUUAUUCCCUCUAGUUACGGUUAAAUGGAAUUUAAUAUUUCAUUUUGAAGUCUGUCCAUUCCAAAGAUUAGGUAAAAGGGCUAAGCAAAUGCCACCACUCUUUUUGCAGUCGCCUCAAGUUGCGCAAAAUGAAGCUAUACCGCAAUCGGUGAUUACUGGCAGUCUAUAUAACGAAGCGGUAUCAACGGUUUGGAGA